AUGACCAAGUUGACCAAGGAGACGGCAUUCAACUGGAUGUCCCAGGCCCACAUGAACCCGAGCAUGUCCACCAUGAUCAUGACAAUGGUGACCAGCACCACCAGGGCAGAGUGCAGGUCGAAGCCGAGGAACACAAACGUUGCUGCAAACACGGCUGUCACGGAGAUCACCAGCGACGACGUCACGUCUUCCCACAUGGUCAAGAAACACCUCGUAUUUGACACUGCCAGUGUUGCCCUCGUUCAGCAUGUUGGUGACAUUGUCAGCAAUGAAUCUGGCCAUUCGCAAAGCUUCAUAGUAGUCUUCCGAGGAUCGCAUCAUGGCGUGGCGUCGCAUUCUUCAACGGUUACUUCAUCCCAAACACGAAUAAUAUCCACCUUUUGGGGAGCAAAAAGUGCCGUUGUUGUCGGUGGAGCAGCAGCUGACAGAUCCCAGCCAGUCAAUGUAAUCGUCUAUCCAGGACAUGGCCGUCGACACGAUUCUGGAUCGAUUGGAAACUCGUUGUGCAGCGUAAAUUUGCUCAGUCAGAGAGUCGAUGUUGCAGCCGACGGUGGAGCAGAUCCGGUCCUGGGCCUUUUCGUCCAACAAAGGAUAACCUUCCUUCACCACGAAAUUAAAUUCCAUCACACAAACAUCCGUCUCGUCCAGGCCGACCUUGACGGCCGGCGCCACCGCCACGCUGAAGGCGAACCAGGCGGAAAAGGCGACCACGACCACGACGCGGACAACGUAGCCAAAGAGGAACGGAGCAUACAACUCCUUGAAGAUCUUGUAGAGGACGCCUUCCGUGGCGCCGUGCUUCUCCCGCUUCUCGCCCUGCACGCAGCAAAACACGUCGAGGCGGUUGUUUUCCUGGCGACGCAAGUCCAGCGUGAACAACGCCACAAACGCCAUAUCUUCAGACCAAUCUGCCCCCCAACCCACCUGAAGCAAGAAGUCAAAAAGCAGCGCGAACCCGGCAUACAAGGCAAACGCCCUGACAGCCGGCAUGCCGCUCAGGGCACCCAGAAAGAAGCAGAUGGACUCGGCAGCGGCCGAAAGCAGCAUAGACGGGCCAACGUGGCCCAAAACACGGCCCACGUGGUCUUCGACACUCUCGCCCUUCUUCCUAGCUGUCCUCUGGUAAGCUUGCACCAAGAUGAAGAUAUUGUCCACGCCGACAGCCAAGACGAGGAACGGGAUCACUUCAAUGAUGAUAAGCGUCGCCGGAACGCCGACGUUGGCGUAAAAGCCGACAGAUGCCGCCACUGA